UGCCCGCAAUCGCCGACUGCCCGGGCGCCCGGCAGCGCAUCCGAACGAACGAAGUCCACGCGACCGUGUUUACGAACGUUACCCCAUUCAAAUCAUUUGAGUGCAGUGUGAUCACUUUGGAUUAUUUGACCCUAAAGCAGAGGUGGAAAACCGCGUUCUCCAUUACAUCUAUACAUCCACUAAUACACAUGAUCUCACUUCCAGUCGGAGCUGGCAUUGAAGCUGCAUCCACAGCAUCGUUAAAACAUCAUGGCUGCUAACGGAUACGGCCCUGCGCCUGUCACUGGACACGUCGGCCGGAUCCCGAACUAUGGCAAGACUCAGGUCAAUCCGAUGGGUGGAGUCGAGCCUCCGGCAUGUAUUCAAAACGCAAUGAUGACUAAAGAUAAGAAACCAUUCACGUAUACUCCUGGAGGUUUAGACCUGUCACAAAUUAGGACACCGAGUAUGGCGAGAAGGAUGGCUCGUCAACGCUCGCAAGAGGAGCAUGAACAUGCCUACACUCAACCACCACCAAACAGUGUCUACCAACCCCAGAGAGGCCCUGUGCCACCACCCCCACCUCCACCACAAAUACCAGCUCCUCCACCACCGCCACCUCUUGUUAUUGAAGCUCCGUCAAAAUCUCCUAAGCCAAUAGCACCAGGAGAACGACCUGAAAUUGUUAUACCCGAAAAUCCCAUUGGUAUGCUGAGAAAAACUAAUAGCCCUUACCACUGGGAGGCUGAAAAGGCAGAAUUACAGCGUAUCGGCCCUGUUCCUAAAUUUGUUGAUAAAGUACCGAGUCCUUUGACUGUCAAGUUACCAAACAACUCUUAUCAAAACUAUUCUCCUCAAAACAAUAUUCAGAGACCGAACUACGCCUAUGGUAAUCAGAAUCAAGCUCCUGAUAGUCCGCUGCACAGACCAGAAGCACAAUAUGCUCACCAACAGUCAGCUUCACCAAAUGUUAACGGUUCACCGCAAACUAGGGACAUGUUAUUGCGUCAAGACUCUCAAUUUAAUAAGAGUCCACAACCAUUCGGAAAUCAGUCACCACUAACUAACAACCAAUCACCACAAAACUCUUGUUCACCAUAUAUACCUAAUCCCACAAAUCAUUGGAGGCAACCAGAUAGACGAGAUUCUCCGGCAAGUGCACAAAAUAGUCCACAAUCUCCACAGUUAAAUCGAGGACCAUUUUCCACGGCUGUUAAACAAAACUCUCCUAAUUAUACCCAAUCACCGCCUAACAAUUCUGUAUUUCAUACAUUGCCUAGAACUGGACAAAGAAAUCAGGAUAACUUUCCCAAUAAUCAGGGUAUUUAUAACAAUACCAUUAAUGUAAAAGAAAUGCAAUCGAGUCAAAAUAAUGAGUCACCAAAUACACCUCCAUGGCGAACAAAUACACUUAAUAGGUACCCCAAAGAUCAAACUACUCCCAACAACAUUCAGAAUACGAAUCAACAGCAGGCAUACAAUCCCCCAUGGAAAGCAAAUGAAGCUAACAACAAUCAUGGUGAAAAUAACUAUAGUCAGCAAUGGAAACAAGACAAAAGUAUUCCCAAUAACAUUAACCAGCAACAAUACUCUCCACCGUGGGCUGCACAAGAGGCUAAUAAUAACAGGGGACAAGAUAAUGUGCCUUGGCGGUCACAAGAAAACACAGGUAGAUCCGCUGUUCAGCCUACCUCCCCUGAAACACGUUAUCAAUCUUCUAUAUCAAUACCCGUGACACCAAGAAAGCAAAAUUCACAACCAGAAUAUAAUAACACCCAGAAAGAGGCAGUAUAUGUCAAUCAGGAACCUGUUUAUUACUGUCCCGAGAGUCCAAAAUCAAUACCACCAUGGGUCAAAACACAAAAGGAAAAAACAAAAACACCACCCCCCGCUUGGUGUCAGAGACCAUUAGAAGGAAGAAAGAGUUCCUCAAGGGAGUUAGCAACACCACCCAGAGAUACACACCAUGAACCAGAAUGGGUGAGAAAAAGUAAUGAAAUGCAACGGGGUGCUCGUGAAGUUAUUAGUCCUCCUAAAUAUCAACAGCCCGUUCAACCUAAUUGGUCAACAAGACCCUCCGAAAAUAGAAAAAGUUUACCAAGGGAAAAUACACAGAGCACAAAUACAGGAAGAAUUAUUCCGAUCCAAAUGGAGGUCUCAAGUACGGAAACAAGAAACCAGGGUAAACAAGGAGGUAACCAGAAUCAAUUGAGAAUCGUUAUUGAUAUGAAACAAAAUCCUGAGUCUUUUAACCAAAAUAACGCUCAGGUUCAAUUUUCUCAACCGACUCAGCGCAUUAUGAGGGUACUAUCACCGCAACUAGUAAGGAUGGACGAGCCUGGACAAAAUCAACCAGACUUGCCGGUGUUGAAUAGAAGUUUUCAGAAUACUCAGGACAGUCAGCCAAAAACGCGAAUAAUUCCAAUACAAAUUGAAGAUGGCACCAACGGUGGGGCAAACAAAAGCGUGUACUACCACCGAUUCACGCAAGAUAGUUCGCCACGGCAGUCUAAGGCGUUCAAAGUUCUACAGGUCAUAACAGGAACGGGUGACAAUAUUAAGAUAAAUAUGAAAAAUCAUCAAGGUUACUCUGAUUAUUAAUAAUUAUUAUAUUCUAUAUAAUAUGUAGAAAUGUAUACAACUAAACUCAUAUACAUGUCUUUUUGGUGAGGCAAAUAAAAUGCGGCAUUAUUUUGAUCUAGGACACAAAAUUUUAAUUUUGAAGUUGUUCGUCUUUUACAUGUAUGUUAUUUUCUUUUGUUGUUAAUUUUCAUAUUUAAAGUAACCAUAAUUAAUGCGCUUUUAUACUUUUACUUCGUAAACACGGUAGGGAUAUAUGUUUAUGUAGACAUCUAUAUAUUUUUAAGCUAUAAUAUUAAAAUGUUAACGCGCGGGAAUAUAACGAGCUAUAUAAAAUUAAUAAUUAAUUUAAUUAUUAUAUAUGUAUAAUAAUAUUUAAUUUAGUAUAAUUAUAAGAGAAAACAAAAAUCUAUAAUAAACAUACAUUAUGUGCUGCUUAUGUGAUUAUAAAAUUAAAACUAAUGCUCAUAAAAUACGGCUAAUAUACCAAAGAAUAAUUAGGAUUUUAUUAAAUUAUAACUAGUUUUAUAACUUUAUAUCGUUAUAAAACGUUAUAUUUAAAUAAGUUUAGUUUUAACUUAAUGUUUAACUUAUGGUAACAAGUUACCAUUAGAUAGAAAAUAUUUGUUUUAUAAUUUAACAAAAUAAAGUAACGAUAUAUAUUUAAAAAAUAUAUCUUGAAAUAUAUAUUUAUUAAUAUUUAUAUUUACUACCAAUAUAUAUUUUAUUUAUUCAUAUAUUUUUAUUGAUUUAUUUGUGUAGUUCUAAAUAUUAUUAUGUAUUUAUAUUAAUCAGUAUUCCUAUAGUAUAUAUUUCUUAUUUUUUUUUUAACAAUAAUUAUAUUCCUACUAAUUAAUUAACAAGGUUCCGACCAAAGAGUUUCUAUAACAAUUUAAUUUCCAAUAUUAUAACGCGUUCCCAUAAACCUGGUUUGUGAUUAAUUUGUUUGUGAUUAACAAAAAUUAUAAAAUAAUGAUUUACCUACGUAUCAUGGCAAUACUGAUAUGAAAUUACAACUUUUUGUAUGUAAUAUUAUUUUUAUUAAAUUAUGAAAUAAAAAAUUAUCUAAAUAAUGUAUUGUUUUCGGAAAAAAUGUUUUAGGAUUUUUUUAUUUAUGGAUAUGAUUUUUAUUUUAAUCAGCAGAUGUUAUGGUCGUAGGUAAAAUUCAAACAGACAGGGGUGUGGCAAUCUAGUCAGUGUGAUCUUUAUAUAAGUAUUUUCUUUAUUUUAUAUGAAUUUACUAUGUUAUUGAAUUAUUUAAGUUUAGUUAUAUGUAUAAUAUUUUAUUUGAUAGAUAGUAAGAAUGAAAUAGUUAUUUAAUAAAUGUCGAUAAAUGCUUAAA